GGUUGCGAAGAUGGCGACGGCCUUGGGCGAGGAGGAGCUGGACAAUGAAGACUAUUACUCGCUGCUGAACGUGCGCAGGGAGGCUUCUUCUGAAGAGCUGAAAGCUGCCUACCGGAGGCUGUGUAUGCUUUACCACCCUGACAAGCACAGAGACCCAGAGCUCAAGUCACAGGCGGAGCGACUCUUUAACCUUGUUCACCAGGCUUAUGAAGUGCUUAGUGACCCCCAAACGAGGGCCAUCUAUGAUAUAUAUGGAAAGAGAGGACUGGAAAUGGAAGGAUGGGAGGUUGUGGAGCGGCGGCGAACUCCAGCGGAAAUUAGAGAAGAGUUUGAACGACUACAGCAAGAGCGGGAGGAGAGGAGGCUGCAGCAGCGAACCAACCCCAAGGGAACCAUCAGCGUUGGAGUAGAUGCCACUGACCUUUUUGAUCGCUAUGAUGAGGAGUAUGAAGAUGUAUCUGGAAGUGGCUUUCCACAGAUUGAAAUCAAUAAAAUGCACAUAUCCCAGUCCAUUGAGGCACCUUUGACGGCCACAGACACAGCCAUCCUCUCUGGAAGCCUCUCAACCCAGAAUGGCAAUGGUGGGGGUUCCAUUAACUUCGCACUCCGCCGUGUCACCUCUGCAAAGGGCUGGGGAGAGUUGGAAUUUGGAGCUGGAGAUCUCCAGGGGCCUUUAUUUGGUCUCAAGCUGUUCCGUAAUCUCACACCAAGAUGCUUUGUGACGACAAACUGUGCUCUGCAGUUUUCAUCCCGUGGCAUCCGUCCUGGCCUUACCACUGUCCUAGCUCGGAACCUGGACAAGAACACAGUGGGCUACCUGCAGUGGCGAUGGGGUAUCCAGUCAGCCAUGAACACAAGCAUCGUCCGAGACACUAAAACCAGCCACUUCACUGUGGCCCUGCAGCUGGGGAUCCCCCACUCCUUUGCACUGAUCAGCUAUCAGCACAAGUUCCAAGAUGAUGACCAGACGCGUGUGAAAGGGUCCCUCAAGGCAGGCUUCUUCGGGACCGUGGUAGAGUACGGAGCCGAGAGGAAGAUCUCCAGGCAUAGCGUCUUGGGUGCUGCUGUUAGUGUUGGAGUCCCACAGGGCGUUUCUCUCAAAGUCAAGCUAAACAGGGCCAGUCAGACCUACUUCUUCCCUAUCCACCUGACGGACCAGCUGCUGCCCAGCGCCGUGUUCUAUGCCACUGUGGGGCCUCUCAUUGUCUACUUUGCUAUGCACCGUCUGAUCAUCAAACCAUACCUCAGGGCUCAGAAAGAAAAGGAACUGGAGAAGCAGAGGGAGAGCACUGCCACGGACAUCCUGCAGAAGAAGCAAGAGGCAGAAGCGGCCGUUCGGUUGAUGCAGGAAUCUGUCCGAAGGAUAAUCGAGGCCGAAGAGUCCAGAAUGGGGCUCAUCAUCGUGAACGCUUGGUACGGGAAAUUUGUCAAUGACAAGAGCAAGAAGAGGGAGAAGGUGAAGGUGAUCGACGUGACUGUGCCCCUACAGUGCCUGGUGAAAGACUCGAAGCUCAUCCUCACGGAGGCCUCCAAGGCGGGCCUGCCAGGGUUCUACGACCCGUGUGUGGGGGAGGAGAAGAGCCUCAGAGUGCUUUACCAGUUCCGAGGUGUGCUGCACCAGGUGACGGUCCCUGACAGCGAGGCCCUUAGGAUACCAAAGCAGUCUCACAGGAUCGACACAGAUGGAUAAACUGCUGCAGAACCUAACUAAGAAGAGGCUGCAAAAAUCUUUUCCUGGGAGUCUACAAAUUUGGAAGCAGGGAAGCCCCAGACCCAGAUGUUUCUAUUUUAUUUUAUUCCUCUAGAAGGUGAACCACAUCAAUUACGUGAAGGGACACGCAGUCGCCCAGCGUUGUGGGUGCUGGUGGUAGGACUGAGGCGGCCCCUCACAGGCCAGACCACAGCAUGGUCCUCAGCUUUUACCAAGAACCAUGUUCCUGGAGGGCAGGGCCCACGGUACCGGACCCCAGUUCUCUGCACACCUGCAGCCUGGCAUCCAGCAGCUCUGGGGUCUGGAGGCCUUUGUGGGCCACCCUGUCCUCACACGGGACAGCUGCUCCUCAAGUGCCCACUGCACGUGGGCAAUGUGGGCAGGAGGGAGGCAUCCAUAGCCAAGGCCUCCAGGUGAGGGAUCUGCCCAGCCACCCCACAAGCCACCUUCCUCUGCCGAAAUGUCACCAAGUGAAUGUGGAGGGGGCUGUGGGUUUAUAAAACUGCUUUUUAUCUGCGAACAAAUGGGUUUGGAAACUGGUCUCUUUUUCCCCACUCCCAGAGCUGCUUCAGUCAUUCCUCUUACCCCUGGCUUGGAACUUGAUGUAACCCCAGAGCCUGUCCCUGUGGGAAAAGGCCCUGCCACCAGUGGACAAAAGCUAGCUGUGUCCAUCUCAACCUAUGACACAUACUCCCCUCCAGAGUUCAGUGCUGGAACUAGGGGAGGUCUGCACAGAAAAGGCAGACAAGAACGGCCAUACGCACCCAACCAGAGGUAGGGACCCCAAGGCUGGCCCCAGCACCUGUGCCUCCCGUGAGUGCCCAGCAGGUGGCACUGUUAUCCCAAGCCCGGCUCCUUCUGGGGUGUCUGCUGAGACCCCUUGGUGUGCCCCACUUGCUGUGUGCCACAGUGAAUAGCUCCCUGGUGAUCAGAGACUUGUCAGCUGGGCCUUGGAGCCAGCAGUGGUCACUUGCUCAUGGCCUCCAAGCAGAUGCUGCCUUGGCAGUGGUGAUGACCACUGGCCCGGAAGGCUGAGGUCACUCUGGCCUCCAGCUCCCCUGCAGCUAAGAUCAGGCUUCACUCCCCAGCACUGUUAUCUAGGUAACUGCUGAUGACCCCUCUCCAGUUUUUAAAAGUGGUUUAGAUUGUCCAAUUCUGUAAUAUCUCAAUUUUAAAAGGGGAAGUUUGUGGCUGCCCCACGAAUGAGCCUGAGCUCGCAGCCUGGUGGUCCGACCCCAGGGCACUGCUGCUGUCUGUCUGAAGCAGGCUGUUCAAGGGCACUCUGCCCACAAUAAAGACAUCCUGAGAGCUGA